UCACCACGGAUAUUGAUUGAUUGAUUGAACCGAAUUCAAAUUGUUUUUGUUUUCGGGAUCUGAAUCCUCGUUUUGCCAGUUGCACGUUCUUCGCUGGGAUUUUGCCAUUAUAUUUGCGGUUUUAUUGACGUGAAUGCUGCGUGUGCCCAUGCAUUGUUGAUUUUCCCAUCGUAAUCCGACAGCAGUCCACCAUGCUGAACUUCACGGACAACUGGAGCCCCUUCGGCGUGGACAGCUACUACCGUCGCCAAGAGCUGUACCAGAUGGCCUGGGCCAAGUACAGCAUCGACCUGACCGAGUUCGCCCUCAUCGCCGCCCAGACCCACGGCGGCCCCAUCGCCGUGGUCCGCGAGGAGCGCAAGAAGACCCCCGCCGCCCCUUCACCCGCCCUGGUGCGGCCCCAGAUCGUCGUCUUCUCCGCGGCGGGGCGAUUACUGCACCAGUGGGUGUGGAACAGCGGCCCCCUGCUGCAGUUGGGGUGGUCGGGGGCGGAGGAGUUGGUGUGUGUGCAGGAGGACGGACGGGUGUUGAUCUAUGAUAUGUUCGGGGCCUUUGUCAGGACCUUCGGGAUGGGCCAGGAGGCCAUGGAUGCGCGGGUGGUGGAUUGUCGGAUUUUUGCCCAGGGCAGUGGCGCCACGGGGAUCGCCGUGCUGACGGGCAGUCGACGGUUCUUCAUCAUGCACGAUAUUGACGCACCGACGCCGAUCCUCCGCUCCACCGGCGUCGUCCCCGGUCUGGACGUCAACGCCCCGCCGCCCUGUUGGGCGGUAGUGUGCCAGGAGCGCGACACGCAGAUCCUGAUCACCCGCGGCUCCGACAUCCUGUCCGUGGACAAAACCGGGAGUUUCCAGCCGUUCCCGGUGCGCUGCAGCGACCCGGUGCUGGGCUACAGCCACCUGGCUGUCUCGCCGAACGGAAAGAGUCUGGCGCUGGUGACGCUGAACGGCCUGAUCAUCAUCACGCCGACGGAGGCCGGCGCCCUGGUGGCCUGCGAAUUCGACUCGGGCUCGCCGGAUGCGCCGCCCCAACAGGUGGCCUGGUGCGGGAAUAGCGCGGUGGUCGGCUACUGGGCCAAACCGGAUGGGCAUGUGUUGCUGCUGAUCGGCCCGAAGAAGGACUACAUCAACUUCCUGUUUGAUUCGCCGGUGCAUCUAGUGUCGGAAACGGACUGUCUGCGUAUCAUCUCCCGCGACACCCACGACAUGAUCCAGAAAGUCCCCGCCACCACGCAAGCGGUGAUGAAACUGGGCUCCAUGGCGCCCGGGGCCGCCCUCUUGGAAGCGUACCGCGAGUACGAAGCCCUGUCGUACAAGGCCGACGAGUACCUGAAACUGGUCAAGCCCACCCUGGAGGACGCCAUCAACCAGUGCAUUGACUCGGCCGGACAGGAGCUGGACAUCAACACACAGAAGCUGCUGCUGCGCGCCGCCUCCUUCGGGAAGAGCUUCUACGACAGCGCCGUGCUGACGGAGAAGUUUGUGCUGAUGUGUAAGAAUCUGCGGAUUCUGAAUGCGCUGCGCUUCUAUCUGGUGGGCAUGCCGUUGACCUGGCGGCAGUUUGAGGGGCUGAGCGUGCCGGAGCUGUUGGAUAAGUUGGUGCGCCGGCGACAGUAUGAGUUGGCGUACCGGAUCUGUGGAUAUCUGGAAUUGCCGGUGCAGGAGGGUUUUGCUAAGAUCCUGCUGCACUGGUCGCUCUUUAAAAUGAACCAGCGCAACGAGCCGGACGAGGCGGUGGCCCGCGCCAUCAUCGGGAAGCUGGCCAAGACGCCGGGCAUCUCCUUCGCCGAAUGCGCUCGGAAAGCACGCUCUCUCGGGCGGAAUAAACUGGCGAUGGAUUUGCUGGAGCACGAGACCUCGGCGCAGCUGCAGAUUCCGUUGUUGUUGGAGUUGGGCCGGGAGGAGGUGGCCCUGACCAAGGCCAUCGCCAGCGGCAACUCCGACCUGGUGUAUGACGUCAUUCUGCACUUGAAAGCCAAGAUGACGGCCGCCGAAUUCCUCAUGAAGAUCCGCAGCAGCAAGGAGGUCUUCGCGCUCUUCAUCAAAUACUGCAAAGAACUGAAUCCCGGGCAGCUGCGCGAUUUGUUCGUCCAGGAAGACUGGCGCACGGACGAGGGACUGACGUUUGUCCCGGAAGCGUUCUUUGAGAAACUGUCGCCGGCGGAGCGACUGGCGGCGCUGCAGAGUGCCAUGGAACGCUUUGAGCACGGACGCGAUGAAUUCAACAAGAAGAUCACGGAAGACCAGAUUAAGCUGAUCAAACAGCAGAAUAAACUGGAGGAGAAAUUCAACCGCGGCUACACGGGAUUAACCGUGCACCAGACGCUGGAGCUACUGCUCAACGAUGGAUUCUACAAGAUGGCCGACGAUUUGAAGAAAGACUUUCAGAUCGCGGAUCGGCAUUUCUGGCUGGUGAAGAUCGACGUGCUGGCGCGGAACGCCCACUGGGAGGAGCUGGAGAAGUUCUCCAAGAGCGUCCGCAAACCGCCGGUGGGCUUGGAGCAUUUCGCCGUGGCCGCCUUCCGCUACCACGGCCGCAACGAGGCCUACAAGUACGCCAUGCGGGUGGACGAGGAGAACAAGCUCAAGUGCUUCGUCAAGAUCGGUCUGCUGGAGGAGGCCGCCGAGUGGGCCAUCAAGCAGAAGGACGGCGAGGGCCUGAACAAGGUGCUGGAGAAGUGCCGGCGCGAUGAUGUGGCGCUCAUCAGCAAGAUCACCGCCGCCAAGACCCAGCUGGGUUUAGCGUGAGGCAGGAUGUUGUUCACUUUGCACACCGAGUGUUGCUGAUGACGGAGUAUUUAUCUGUGAUUUUCAAGUCGGAAAUUGUCGCUGCAUGUUUUUAAUUUUUUUACUGAAACGAUUGUCUACAUUCGUCCAAGUAAUGGAGCAUUCCCUCGGUGACCUUUGGUUUUUUAACGCCUUUUUGAAUAAUUUGUUCAAGUAGGUCAAUAAAGUUUUCUGGUAUGUUGAAUGACAAAAAAUGUUUUCAUUGAAAUCAUCGGCUUCGCGUUAUUUAAGGUCACUAGCGUCACGGAAACAAUUAAAUUGGUUUAAUGUCGAAA